UAAAAAUGUAGACACCCACCGGAUAUAAUCACGAAACACGUGACAUGUCAUAUGCUCUAAUAAAACAGUUUCCUGCCGGUUAAUUUGAACUCCAGUGUCGGGCUCACCCGUCGUUUUAUUGUGAAAGUAUGAGCGGGGUUUGUGUAGGAACGUUUGUGUGAACUGUUAGUGCCGAGGACGAGCAGACAUGUCUGAAGCUGUCGGUGCCUGAAACACUGACAUGGAGAAAGCAGCAGCAGCAGCAGCAGUGAAUGAAAGGAGACCCAUGUCACCUGACUGACUGACAGACUGACACAAAACACGACGACUUCCUGACUGACAGAGCGGAACGAAUUUGAAAAAGAUGAGCUUGCUGCACAGACGGCUGAGUCAGCUGCUCACAGUAUGGAGCUGGAAAAGAAGGCUGGACCUUUCUCUGUGCCCGGCCGUCGGCCUUCACUUCAGGACUUUCUGCUCCUCUGUGCCAGAAACAGAUACUGUAGACCCGAUCCAGGUUCACAGAAAGAAGCUGUUCCUUUGGUUCAGUCACCUUCCUCAGGAGGAGAAACAGUUUGGAGGCUACUUCAGCCCAGAGACCAUGCACGUGGAUCCUCUGAUCAUGAGUCGAAAGUCGGGGGAGAGAGGAGGACUGCUCAGCUCCCCUCUGGACCCCGCCACCCUCUCCAGCCACGCUGUGACCGUGGAACAGCUGUUCAAGUCCACCGAUGCCUGGAGCGACGGUCGCGGGUUGAACGUGCUGCUGUACGGGGCGGUGGGAACAGGCAAGAGCACGGUCGUCCGAAAACUGGUGCAGGACUGGUGCAGGGGGAGUGCACUGACGCAGUUCAAGCUCCUGGUGCCUUUCUCUUGUGAAGACCUCAGUGAACUUUCAAAGGUUGCAUCUUUGAGGGAUCUGGUCAGUCGGAAGUACCUUCAUCUGAAGAAACACCCUCUAUUGAGCGGGGAGGGAAACCAGGCCAAGGAUGUGCUGUUUAUCUUCAACGGCAUGGAGAAAAUGAAGCUGGACUUCAGGAUUGGAUCCACAGAGCUCUGCAGUGAUCCGAACGAGCCACUUCCUGCCAACGUGGUGGUUGUGAACCUGCUGAGGAAAUACCUCCUGCCCGAGGCCAGUAUCUUGGUUUCCACCAGACUCUCCGCUGUGGAUCUGAUCCCCCAGAAGUACGUGAGUCACUAUGCACAGAUCUGCGGCUUCAGUGACCCAGACCGACAGCGAGCGUACUUCACCAGCCGCCUGCUGCAGGGGAGCAAAGACUCCGUACUCAACCCUAAUGCCCAGUCUCUUGUGGAACUCCUUUAUCUCAACCUCCAGCGAGAAAGUCAACUGGCCGCGGCCUGCUUCCUGCCCUCGUACUGCUGGCUGACCUGUGCCACCUUACACUACCUUCACUUCACUAACGCCAAGGCACCCAUCCGCACGCUCACCGGCAUUUACACCAGCUUCCUGAGGCUCAAUUUCGGUGGUGAGGUUAUGGGUUCAGGAACUGGGGCCCAAAUGUCCCUCCAGGACCAACAUGGUUCUCUGAUGUUGUACGUCGUCCGCACUGUGGGUAAAUUGGCUUUUGAUGGCGUGACGUACAAGCGGACGUCUUUCUCGGAAGACGAAUUGGAGCAGUGGAUAGGAGGGAAGACCAAGACGGACGAGGAGCUGCGUCAGCUGGCAGUGUUCAGGACCGAUGUCCUGGACUUCUUCCUGGCGCCGUGCGUAGAACGCAGUCGGAAUUCAAACGAAGCUCUCGGCGAGAAUGAUCAGCGGCGGUACGUGUUUGCCGUGCCUGCCAUGCAGGAGUAUCUUGCAGCUCUUUACGUGGUUUUAGGGGAGAACAAGUCAGCUCUGGAGAAGAUGACGAAGCAGGUGACUGUGGCCAUCGGACAGGCGGGCGAAGAUGUCAGUGCCAUUUUCAACAUCCUUUCCAAAUUCAUUCCUCUCAGAAUUUUUGCCGUCUUUAACCUCCUCAAGCUUUUCCCCAAACUGUAUGAGAAAAUCAGCAGCCGCAAUAGAGGCAACAUCGCCAAAACACUGGCGACCGAGCUGUUUCGCUCCGAGGACAGCUACAACGAAGACGUCCUCGAUCAGGUGGAGCAAAGCCUUCUGGGAGUCCACGGCCCUCAGCCUAAGCAGUACUGCGAGGGCCACCCGUUCGAGCUCUACCCCAUCUUCAUGGGUGGACUUUUGCACUUUGGAAACCGUAAUCUCCUGCAGAUGCUCGGCUGCAGCAUCCAGAGCUCCACCGUGGUCCAGAUCACCAACGCCCUCAGGAAGUACCUUGUCAGAGAGCUCAGCAAACCACAACCUCCGGAGGAGUUGAUGGAUCUGCUGGUGCUUCUGUACGAGUUUCAGAACCCCAGACUGACUGCAGAGGUGAUUGCUUCAAUCAGAUCCAUCCGCCUCAGCAACAUCCGUAUGACGUCACUGAAAUGCUUCAUACUGAGCUCUGUGCUCUCCUGCACCCCUGCAAGUUAUCACCUGGAUAAAAUGGACCUGUCAUCCUGUCUGCUGACUCACCAGAUGCUUGAAAUCCUGUCGCCUGCCUUCAGACACACAAAGAACCUCAAUCUACAGUUUAACAGCCUGGGUCCUGAGUCCUGCAUCCUCCUGAGGGACCUGCUACUAGAUCCCAAGAAUGCUAUUAGAUCGCUACAACUCUGCGACAACCCUCUGCUUGAGUCCGGAGUCUGCACUCUGCUGGAGGCCCUGCAGGGGAACCAGUCUCUGACACAUCUGUCUCUGAUGCACACUGGACUUGGGGACCAGGGGGCCCUGGAGCUGGCCCAGAGGCUGCAGCAGCACCCGGUACUCCAGGAGCUCAAUGUGGCCUACAACAACAUCGGCGACAACGCCGCUCUGGCUCUGGUGGACGCCUGCAGGGAGCAUCCCAGUAUUCACACUGUGCAUUUGUAUCUGAACGCCCUCAGUGACGUGGGGAAACAAUCCCUCUACGUGAGAGGAGAUCCGCACAGAACCGGCCGCCGAGUCAAGGUUCUGGCUUCAGUCACAGAGGGGUCGGAUAUUUCCGAGGACUGGCAUCCCAUCCUCAAUGUGAUACGGAAAAACGCAUCAUCCUGGGAUCGUCAGCGUGUCCAGCAGCAGCUUCAGGUGUUCCUCAGGGAUCUGGAGUGGGGCCGUCAGCAGCAGCCGAGCCUCUGGAAGAGGUUGCAUUUCCGCAGGGUGGAGAAGGGAGUUCGACAAACUCUGCGGAUGCUCAAAAACGACAACCUCCCUCCACCCUGAGGAUACGACAAAUAAUGAUUUUUAAAAAGCAAUAUCAACAAGCAAAGAAAAGACACAUUAUUAACGGCAUUGGUUGAAUUUCACUAUUAACAUAUCAGCUGCUGAGUUGAAGAAUCUGUGGCUCAGACUGUUCACAGGUUGUCCAGGGGAAUUCUUCAAGGAGGCCAAAGCAUGCAGCAGACGGGACAUUAGGUUAGUAAUUCACUGCUCCUUCUACGGCUUUAGCACUUAAACUGACUCAGGCUGUUUUUUUAAGGCAUUUGCCAAGAGACAAGUGAACAUUUUGCACAUAUUGGCUGUUUUCAACCCCCUAGGAAGAGUUUUGUGG